UCCUGACUCAAACUUAAUGGUGACCUCAGGUUCAUUUCGAGUGGAGGCUGACGUUAGAGCUCUCUGGAGAUUAAAAUCUUGAGUCAGCUACUUCCUCUUCCUCCAGUCUCAACACUUGCUCACUCAAAUAGAGUUGAGAGUUGCCUCAAAUAGAGAGAUGUCAAGAGACUUCGUCUGACAACAUUCUCAGACUCAGUGCUGCUCAGCACCUUCUACGGAUCAAUACAGACAGCGCCAUGACCUGUAACUGCACACAGCUGGCCAACCUGCUGCGGUGGUACUACCUGCCCACCAUGUACAGCCUGGAAUUCUGCCUGGGCCUCCUGGGCAACCUGCUGGUCAUCCUGGGGUACCUGUUCUGCCUGAAAGGGUGGAAGAGCAGCAACGUGUACCUGUUCAACCUGGCCGUCUCCGACCUGCUCUUCCUGUGCACGCUGCCCCGCCUUGCCAACUGCUACGCCCGCGACCGUCCCGAGGUCUCGCCCGGCUUCUGCAUCGCCAACCGCCUCCUCCUCCACGUCAACCUGUACUCCAGCAUCCUGUUCAUGGCGUGGGUGAGCGCCGACCGCUACCUGCUGGUGCGCCACCCGCUGCGCCAGCACCCCCUGCUGCGGCGGGGCGUGGCCGUGGCGGUCUCCGCCCUCACCUGGGUGGCCGUCUGCGUCCAGGUGGCCCCGCUGCUCGUCUUCAUCGUCCGGGACAUGGAGAGGAGCAACUGGACCCGCUGCAGCGACUUCGGCAGCCUGUCCGCGGGCGGCGACGGCGGGCGCCAUCUGGCCUACAGCCUGGCGCUCACGGCGACGGGCUACCUGCUGCCCCUGCUGGCGCUCUGCCUGUCCUCGGCCCGGAUCGCGGCCGUCCUGAAGGCCCAGGCGGGCCUGUUCCAGAACCGGGCCGACGGGUUCCAGAGGCCCCAGCGGAUGGUGCUGGCCACGGCGGCCAUGUUCCUGGUGCUGUACGCGCCGUACCACGUGAUGAGGAACGUGCACAUAGCCCAUCAGGCGGCGGCGGCGGCGGCGUCCGAUCACACGUGCGACCGCUGCGUGGAGAGUGCCUACAUCGUCACCCGGCCGAUCGCCUUCGCCCACAGCGUGGUCAACCCCGCCUUCUACUUCUUCAUGGGCGACCAUUUCAGGGAGCAGCUGAUUGACAGGGUGAAGGCGCUGUUUCGGGGGCGUGGCUCCCAACAGAAGCAAUCCCAAGGACGGGAGAGCACCACGCCUGUGGUUUGAGGUAACUGCAGGACAGCAGUGUGGACUCUCUCUCUCUCUCCAACAUUAUAUUCCAUUAUUUAUAUUGUAUUCUUUUCCAAUAGUGAUACAACAUGUCUGAUUGUGAUAGUAUUUUUUGUUUGUUUUGUUUUUUUUUGUUUAUGUUUAUUGCUCAGCUUUUGGUAUCUGACAAGAAUUUACUAAUAAAUGCUGCUUCCCAUUUUGUUCAGUUGACCAGUCAGUCAGAAACUCUGAAGUUCUUCUGAAGUUCCCCUGAACAUCAUUUUCUAUAUUCUGCUGAUGACACGUACAUCUAUUUACACGGUUCUUGCACCUUUUCAAAAGUCAAAUUCAAGCACUUUUCAAGCACUUUCAAGGUGCAUUGUCAAAGUUUUUCCAGAACUUCGCAACUUUAGUAAGCUAGAAUUGGGAGGUAAAUUAACAUGUCAAAACAAACAUGUAUAUCCAUUUACCCUCACCGGUAAAAAGCAAUCAAUUGGGUCUCUCUGACUUAUUUUAUUUCUUUAUCCAAAGUGAAUUCAAUCACUUUGCAAUUUCUUAUUAUGACAAUAAUUACAAUAAUUACUUUCAAGUGUUUUAUUCAAAAUCCAAGCACUUUCCAAACCUUGGAAACACCACAUCAAAAUUCAGACAUUUUCAAAGACCUCAAGCACCCGCAAGAACCCUGUAUUUAAGUACAACCUUCAGCUGCACAGUGGAAGUUAGAUGGGCUUUUUCUUUUUUCGAGAAACGCUCUUUCCGCACAUACGUCAUAUUAGACUCAGCUCUCAGACAAUCUUAAAAGCCAGUUCUCUCGCACGUUCCGCCAUGAAUUAAAAAGUUCAGUCUGAACAUUUUAGCAGCUUCAAGGACAGUAUCAAGACCAGUCUAAAAAAAAUUCCACAUCACAUCGAGAUACUUCUGUAAAAAAAAAACUAUGUGCCCCCCAGUUGCUCGAUGUGAUGUGGAAUUUCCUUAGACUGAUCUUGAUAUUGUCCUUGAAGUGUUUCUUUUGCCUGCUGGCGGCUCGCUGACCUUCAGCUGGAAGUGCAGGAUCUGUUUGGGGAGACGUGUGUCGGACGUGCGGGUGUCAUGGCCUGUCCGUCGGAGUCCGUGCUGCAUUAUUGUGGUGGUGAUGCCGGUCAUGUUGGCUUCCUCCAGAACACCGAUGUCGGUGCGUCUGUCCUCCCAGCUGAUCCUCAGAACAAAAUUAUAUUCUUUUCCAAUAGUGAUACAACAUGUCUAAUUGUGAUAGUAUUUUUUGUUUGUUUUGGUUUUUUUUGUUGUUUUUUUUUUUACAGAAGUGUGCCAUAUUUAUGUUUAUUGCUCAGCUUUUGGUAUCUGACAAGAAUUUACUAAUA